AUCACAUUUUAUCUUAGCACAUUAAUCUACUGGAAAUAAAUAUGCUUAAAUCUCUGUUUGAAAAAUAUUCUAAAACCGUGGGAAGUAAAAAUGAUAUAGAUCGUAUCACAACUGUUGCUCUUCUGUUACAAAGAAUUUUUGGACAGCAAAUCCUUGAUCCUGGAUGGACGUGGAAAAAGUAUUACGUACAUCAGUUGUUUAAUUUAUUAUUAUUCAUUUAUGUUUUUUUCGGAACCUUGGAAUGUAUUAAAACCACAAACGAUGCGGAGGUUGUAGCUGAGGCUUGUUAUACGAUAAUUAUGAUCGUCGUAUUUCCCAUCAAAAUGUUACUUUUCAUUAAUAAUCGAUUUAUAUUUAGGAGACUUUAUAUAACAGCUAAGAGUACUUUUAUAGACCUUAUCGUAACAGACACAAGCCAAGAUAUCAAAACGAUUUUGAAAACGAGCAGUAAAAUUGUCUACGUGUUACUGUCAAUGGUACUCUUGCCUUGUUCUAUUUAUGAGUUAACUACACUAUGGUAUUACCUUCACGGUGAAAAGAUUUUACUGUCAAGAUCCACCCUCACUUUGAUGCCGAUGACUUCUCCUUAUUUCGAAGUGGCCUGGUUCUUUCACACAAUUUUUCUGUUUGAAAUAUCAUCCACAAUUAUUUUGGACAUGUGGUUUGUUCUUUUGAUCUACUUUUUGUGCCUUUCCUACAAUAGUUUAUGCAAGAUUUUAUUAGUUUCAUCAAUGGAAGGAGAAAAUAAACAGAAUUAUGCGAAUCGUUUGAAUCAGAGUCUCCGAACCUUUUACAAGUUUCAUGUAAAACAGGUUGCAUACAUGAAUCAACUGAGUAAUAUGUACAAAUGGCUUGCUUUCGUACCUCUUUGCAAUGCGGCGAUGUGUACCUGCCUAAUUUUCUUGCUGAUGAGUAAGGAAAUAAAUUGGAGAUUUGCCCCUCACCUACUGCCAAUGUUUGCUGAAAUUUUUGCUUAUAAUUGGUUUGGAGAAAAAAUUAAAACAAAGGCGUCUUUUCUCCAUCAAACACUUCUUAAUUUUGAUUGGACAAAUUUACACAUGAAAGAUAAAAAAAACUACUACAUUAUAGUCACUUACAUGAAAAAACAAUUUGGUGUGAAAACAGCUAUUGGCAAUGAUUUAUCACUGAUCACUAUGACUGCGGUCUUAAAGAUAACUUAUCAAGCAUUCACUGUUUUACAAACCAUGGAUAAAUAAUUUUUUAGAUUUAAAUAAGAAAGAUUUGAAAACUACAGACCGACAACGGUAGCUGAAAAUUCUGAUCAUUUUUCCUAAUUUUUAUUUCAUGCAGUAUAUACACAUAUACCUACAUAAUCAUUUAAAUCAGCAAAAGAAAGUUGAAUUUUCCGUUUAUUAUGUUUAUUAAUAUAAUCUGCACUCUUUAAAUCGUCAGUCAACAAACGUCUACAUUUAUCAAUGUCUCACUAAACGACAUCAAUUAACAUUCCUCCAUUGUUAUCUGGAGCUCGGACGAUCUGCACCCAUUGUCUGUAUGAGUUACGUUCAAUGUACAUGUAUAAUAGAUUUGUUAUAAUAAUGUAUUUAUAACAUUUCAUUUCCAUGAUUGGUGAAUCAUUCAAAACUAGUAUAUAAAAUUUUAUAUAUAUAAUAGGCGGUCCCAUAAUGAAUUGAAACGAAACCAAUUUUAUUUUUCAAUAUAAUCAACACUUCUGACAUCUGUGAAUCAACAUCUCUAAGCCUUUAUAAAUUAAAUCACCAUUCUUAUCCUCAAACUGACCAAAGACGGCCACCUGCAACUCUUCAUCUCCUGAAAAUUUUGUUCGACUAAAGUCCCGCUUUUGUAUCAUCAUAUUCUUUAUAUGUAUUAACGAAUUGAAUCUGUUUAAAUUAAAGUUUAUCAGUAGGCUACUCUGUAACCGAUAAAAAUAUAUGACUUUUACCA